AUGGCUCAUCCCAUACAACUAGGAUUCCAAGACGCCACAUCACCAAUUAUAGAAGAAUUACUUCACUUUCAUGACCACACACUAAUGAUUAUAUUCCUGAUCAGCACCUUGGUACUAUAUACCAUCUCACUAAUAUUAUCAACUAAACUUACCCACACCAGCACCAUAGAUGCUCAAGAAGUGGAAACUGUGUGAACAAUCCUCCCAGCCAUUAUCCUAAUCCUGAUCGCUCUGCCUUCAUUACGAAUCCUAUAUAUGAUAGAUGAAAUAAACAAUCCACUACUCACAGUAAAAACCAUGGGCCACCAAUGAUACUGAAGCUACGAGUAUACAGACUACGAAGACCUAAGCUUUGAUUCAUACAUGAUCCCUACCUCCGACCUAAAGCCCGGAGAACUCCGACUGCUGGAAGUAGACAACCGAGUUAUCCUACCCAUAGAAAUAUCAAUCCGAAUAUUAAUUUCAUCAGAAGACGUACUUCACUCAUGAACCAUCCCCUCACUAGGACUCAAAACUGAUGCCAUCCCAGGACGACUAAACCAAGCCACCCUAACAUCCUCACGCCCCGGCUUAUACUAUGGUCAAUGCUCGGAAAUCUGCGGAUCCAACCACAGCUUCAUGCCAAUUGUACUCGAACUCACUCCUCUCAAACAUUUUGAAAACUGAUCCUCAUCCACGCUCUAA